AUGAGAGGGCUCCAAGGAGGAGAUUUCUAUUUUUCCGUCACUAGGAACCCACCGGAGACAUAUAAAGACCUCCUCCGCAAGGCUACGAGCUAUUCCCAAGCCAAGCAAUUGAACCUGGCUAGAAAGGCCACAACAGGGUCGGUCCCAGAGACCAACGCGGCAUACCAGCCCAGGGAUAAGAGGCCCAACGACUAUGCCUAUGAUCGGUCAGUGAAAAGAAGGAAGGGAGAGUUGGGGUCCUCGACUCGGAAGGGCGAUACCAGACCUGAGAAGCAUAAUCAAUACACAAACUAUACCCCCUUGAAUAAAUCAAAGGAUGAAAUAUUUGCAUUAAUAGCCAGUGAGCUCCCUAACACGAAAAGGGCAAGAUUCCCUUACCGAGGAAGGAGGGAUGAAGGCAAGUAUUGCAAGUACCACCGCGACUACGGUCACCACACAGAUGACUGCUACCAGUUGAAGGAAGAGAUAGAAGCGCUAAUAAGGCAGGGAAAAUUAAAAGAAUAUGUUACGGGAAACGCAACACCCAUGGACACACAUGCGCGAACCAAGAUCGACGACAAAUAG